GAAGUAGUAAAGCGAGAAGCAUCUACAGAAGCUGUAAAUAGUAAUUCUUUGGUGUAUGCUCUGCGAUAAGCAACUGAAUAACAUGCCCCAUCCGAUCAAGAAUUGGGUGCCAUGCUGUCUGACAUCGUUAUUUUUAUACACCUUCGCAGACGCUAUUGCGCUUACCAAAACAGACAAGCCUCUAACAAGCGCACAUGCAGUGGAGCAAACCGUUGAAGAUUAUCACGAGUAUGACGAUUCAAUUACAUUGACUACGGAACAAGCAACAUCGGUAUACAAAUUUGAAUCAAUGCAGUUUCACAAGGGGAUCGAGCAGUCGACGAUUCGUAAUACUGACUAUCUCAUUGAAGAGAUCGCUCAUAGUAACGAAAUAUCAAAGAAUGAAAACUCUGUUAUCAAGGUCAAGGUCGAUCGCCUGAGUAAUUCGUUUAAGAAAAGCGUGGAAAAAAUCAAAGCCAAACACAAAAGAGUAGACAUUAUAUUUCUGAUUGAUGCAAGCUCCAGUGUUGGUAAAGCUAAUUUCAUGAGUGAAAUUAAGUUCGUCAAAAAACUACUAUCCGACUUCAAUGUUAGCUAUAAUUACACAAGAGUUGCAGUUGUUACAUUUAGUUCGCAAAAAAAAAUUUACCGUCACAUCGACCAAAUUUCUCAAUCAGUGAAGGACAACGAUAAAUGCCUUCUACUUAAUUAUCAAAUACCAAAAAUUUUGUUUAGCGGAGGUGGCACAUACACAUAUGGAGCUCUAAAGGAAGCGGAAAGUAUUUUUAAAUUAGCGCGAAAUGAUAGCAAAAAGAUUAUAUUCCUAAUUACCGAUGGCUUCUCUAACGGUCGUGACCCUGUUCCCUUGGCUGAUGUGCUUAAAACGAACAAUGUAGCCAUUUAUUCAAUUGGUAUUCAAAGUGGUAAUUAUGGUGAGCUUUACAAAAUUUCCAGUACCCCGAGUGAGGAUCACAGCUAUGUAUUGGACAGUUUUAAUCACUUUGAAACUCUAGCCCGAAAAGCUUUGCAUAGCGAUUAUAGAAGUGGAGAAAACAUAAUAGUUAAUUCUAGUCUUUGUAAUGUGUUGUGUUCUGAUGAUGACAAGUUUCUCAAUGACCAAAAAUUAAGUUGCUGUGACCGAAAGGCAACAUGCAGCUGUAGUACAAGUUCCGGUCACUAUUCAUGCGUAUGUCAACCGGGUUUCUACGGCACUGGAUUACAAGACGAUUGCAAGCCUUGCCCGAAUGGCACCUUUUGGGACGACAGAACCCAAUGUACAAAUUGUCCUGAUGCCAACCAUAUUACAUUAGUAAUUCCAGCGAUGAAAACUAGCGAUUGUGUUUGCAAGAUUGGUUAUAAAGCAGAUGAGAGUGGUCGAUGCGAAGUAAUUACUUGUCGUGCGUUGACUCCACCGAUAAAUGGAUAUUUCGUGAAGCAACCAAAUGCAUGUGGUCAAGUUCUAAAUGCAGCAUGUGGAACUAGAUGUCAGUCAGGUUAUCAAUUAGUUGGAGAUAGUAUUCGUCUAUGUCAAGGAAAUGGUUCAUGGUCUGGAAACGAUCCCAAAUGUGUUUUAAAAACAUGUCCACCGCUGAAGAUACCCUACUACGGACUGGCUGUAUGUAAAAAUCCAGAUUUAAAUUUAUAUUUCGACUAUUCACCUAGAAACAAAUCUUUCAUCGCAAACUACAGCGCAUCGGUCGAAAGAUUGACAGAACCCAUGCCGAUUGACACAGACUGUACGAUCAAGUGUGGACAUGGAUUCUAUCUAGUAGGAUCAAGCAAUAGAAAUUGUUUGCCAUUAUCUAAAUGGGAUGGACUACAUACAUCGUGCAAACAAAUACUUUGUCCUACUCUUCCGAAAAUACCCUUUGGGGAGUACGAUCCAACGGACUGUGCGGAUCAGAAAUCAGCUCACGGUUCGAACUGUACCUUAAUAUGCAAUUUCGGUUUUGAACUAAAAGGAGGUCCCUCGACUAAAUCCUGUGGAGGUAAAAGAAACGGUGUAUGGACCCAAAAGACUAAAACACCGCGAUGCGUUGAUGUUACUCCUCCUCACCUCAUGUGUCCUAAUAAUUAUACGCUUCCAAUGCAUGAUGACUAUAAUUAUGCCAUCAUCAAACAGCUGAAUCGACCUUACGUUUUCGAUAAUGGUGGUGACAACUUCACAUUUUGGGCAAAGCCUGCGAUCAAAGAGCACGGGAUCAAGUUGCACAAAGGUACACAUUUAUUUACUUACGUGGCGAUUGACUCGUUCAAAAAUAAAGCAAAAUGUAAUUUCACGGUCACUAUUAUCGAUAACAGCGCCCCAGUGUUUGAAAGCUGUUACGAUCCACCGGUUUACUAUCUCACUGCAACCAAGAACAAAAAUGAAACAUUUAUAGAGUGGGAUGAACCAACGGUUUUCGAUAAUUCUAAUGAAAGCAUUACUGUAACACGCAGCAUGAAUUUUGGCUACCAUGACAUUGGCGAUUACCAGGUAACAUACCGCGCUAGGGAUAGUUCGGAUAAUAUAGCUGAAUGUACGUUGAAUGUGACUGUGAAAGAAUCUAGGUGUGAUGACCAGCCAUCACCGCAAAAUGGACAAACGAUCUGUGCGAAAAACACUUCGCACACUUGGUGUGAAAUCAGCUGUAAUAACGAACAUACCUUUCAUGAUCAAGAUAGUAGUUCAAUUGUGUUAUUUUGUGACAAUCGCAACCCAAAAUGGCUCAACGACACUAUUCUAGAGUGCUCUGCUAUAGAGAAACCGACGGCAGUUGAAGAAAUCAUCACUAUCAGUUUAGGACCAAAUGCAGAAUCUUUGUGCGACAAUGAUGCUAAGAAAACAGAAAUUGAAAACAUGUUCUUAAACAAUAUUAAGGAACAUUUGUGCGGAAAUCAGGAAGAUUGUUUGAUUACUACCUCAGUACCUGCAUGUGAUGAGAAUUCGGACGAGAAUAACAAGUAUCAAAUCGUGAAACGAGAAGUUAAUACGAUUAAUAUGGACAAACCUAAAAGACAACAUGGAAAACGAGAUGAUAAAACAACUAUCAAAAUAAAUGUUUAUACAAAACUUUCGAAACGACUCGGUCUAUGGAAAAAUGAUGGGAAGAAAUCAGACAACAUUAAGAGAAUCAAAACUGAGUUACAGAACAUAAAUGUCAACGAAAAACUGAGAAAGCGACUGGGUGAAUUGAACAUGGAUCUUAGCAUAUUAAAAUUAGAUGAAUCGAUUCGUUGCCCCAAUGGAAGUGUAGCAAAAAAACUGAUUUGCGUUCAGUGCCCUCGUGGAACAUUUCACAAUGACAGCACCAACAUGUGUACUUCUUGUCCAAUUGGAACUUAUAACGAACUUGCUGGUCAAACUGUUUGCAUAUUUUGUCCACCGUAUCAUUCUACUCGAAAACCCAACAGUAAGCAUUCCUCUGAAUGCAAACCCCAAUGUCCACCUGGGACUGUUGCUAAACUAAAAGCAAUGAAAAGGGAGAAGAACCAGAAAUAUCACAAAAGUCUAAUGCCGUUUUGUCGCAGAUGUGACCCGGGAGAGUAUCAGGGGUUAUACAACAGAAUCAGUUGCGAUAAAUGUCCACCAGAUCAUACUUCUCCUCGAGGAUCAACCUCCAUGACAGACUGCUUUCCAAAACGUAACUGGCCAUGCGAAAUGGAUCCACCAGUUUGUGGCUCACAAGGACAAUGUGUUCCUGAACCAAUAAAUGAUGAUCUUUACAGUUGCGUCUGCAAUGAAGGAUUUGUAGGAUCGCAUUGCGAAAAAGCACUGAAUGUUUGCGCAACAAUUCCUUGUCAUAAUUCCGGUUCAUGUAUAAGUUUAAAUGCUACUUCGUUUGAAUGUGUUUGUCCAAAAUCAUACAGAGGAAAAUACUGUGAACAAUUCAUUGAUCCGUGCUCUCUAGAGUUUUGCCAAAACGGAGGAACUUGCAUUGAAAUUGAAGGUCACUCAGUGUGUGAGUGUUUGUCUAAUUACGGAGGAGAUCGUUGUGAAAUCGUUAAAAACUAUUGCUUACCAAAUCCCUGUGAAAACGGCGGAACAUGCCACAAUGAAGAUACGGGUUACAGUUGUACAUGCUCUCCAGGUCAAAUGGGAAAACGAUGUCACUUGAAACCUUGUGAUUAUCUCCCUUGUCCGAAAAAUUCAAUUUGUUUUGACAUUAGUCAGACCAAUGCAAACAAGGAAAGCUUCCAAUGCUUAUGCCCCAAAGGAUUAAAGGGUUCCAACUGUACUGACAUAGACGACCCUUGUGAUCAAAAUCCAUGUAAAAAUAAUGGGUACUGCAUACCGGUUAAACUUAGAGAUCUCACUACUGAACUCAAUCAACCGACAGAAUUAAAUAAUGAUGAAAUAUACACAAGAGUGACAUGUGAAUGCCCGCCAUAUUUUUAUGGAUCUUACUGUGAAGUAUUUACCACUCCCGAUUUUGUUAUGUCAUUUGAAAUGCCCGGAACAAAUGAUUACAUAAAAAUUACAGGGCCCAAUCGCAAUCUUUCGGAAAUUUCCAUGUGUUCAUGGAUUCAAACACAUGAUGAUUUCAACUAUGGCUCAGUCAUUUCGUAUGCUACAUUAAACAUAGAUAAUGCAUUUACUUUUACUGACUACAGCGGAUUUGUACUCUAUAUUGCCGGACAGUAUGUUGUCACGAACGUUUUCAUUAAUGAUGGAAAAUGGCACUUCAUAUGUGUAUCAUGGACCAACCAAAAGGGAUUAUAUGAAAUAUAUCUUGACGGAGACCUUCACACUACUGGAUACAAUCUUAGUAAUGAAAAGGUGAUCGAAGGUGAUGGAUUGUUCAUUAUUGGUCAAGAGCAAGACUCGCUUGGAGGCGGCUUCAGCGAAUCAGAAGCCUUUGUAGGAAAGUUAGCUUAUUUGGAUGUAUGGAGCCGAGCUCUCAGUGGUUACGAAGUGAGAGAGCUUUAUCAAAGCUGUGAACCUUACCAAGGCGACAUUAUCAAAUGGACUGAUUUGAAAUCUAAGAUAUUUGGUCACAUCAAACUACGAACGUCUGAGUUUUGCCGAAUGUGUGAGAAGAAUCUCACACUACUAAAUGGUUUUGUGGAUUAUUACGAAAAUCGUGCCUACCUUCAUUGUGAUAAUGGAUACAAACUACAUGGACCACACGUAGUACAUUGUCUACGAACAUCUCAAUGGGGCGACACUAGCAGUUUCUGCAAGCUUAUCCGUUGUGGUGCAUUGGGUUCUAUUCUCAACGGUAAGGUCAUAAUGUCCAAAACUAGUUUCAAUGGUAUUGCACGUUUUGUGUGCGAUGAUGGAUUUUAUUUGUCUGGAUCGGAUGAAUCACGAUGCACAAUUCACGGAAAUUGGUCUAAUUCGCUUCCAGAAUGCACAAGUAUGGUAAAAUGUCCGGCUCUAAUUACUUCUCAUGAAUUUAGUGUAACUUACGCAUCUGAAAGAGGAGUUUUCAUGGAAGUAUUAGAUAGCUAUGCUGUAGGGACACUAGCAGAGUUUACAUGCGCUGAUGGAUUUUCGCUAAUGGGUGAAAAUUUGCUAACAUGCCUGGAAAAUGGAGAUUGGGACAUGUCGAUGCCUGACUGCAUAUCUAAAAAAUUCGAAUCGAGUUCAACCGAAACAUACUCAAUACCUAUAGUAAACAGAUUAGAAGUACCGAGUAUUAUUAAAUUCAAUCGACGGACUGAUAUACGUUUCUGGAAACAAUUAAGAGACUAUUUAUUCUAUGGUUGCAAACCAAUCGAUGAAACAAAACGGUCAAUUUUUUGCGUGGAUGCUGAUCAGUAUUCUCAUGAACUAGACGACCUAACUUUGUUUGAACUACCUGUUUCAAAUGAGUAUCAAAACAUGGACAAUAAGUUACUUGAGCGGUUAGAAAAAACUACAAAACCCGACAGUAAUCUGAAAGUUUAUAAUCUGUUGAACUAUAUAUUAUAUGGUACAAUUGAAUCAAUCAGCAACCAGCGACGUCUACCCAAAGAAACUGAGAAUUCUUAUAGGUUUGUGAUUUGCUUAUUUAUUGAUAUUAUCAUGAUGGACCGAGAAGUCUCGUUCGAUGAAGAAGUUAUGCUGGAUAUAAACUCAAGAGAAAACACUAAUGCCAAAGUUAAAAGUUUACUAAAAAACGUCGUGCAACCAAUUUACGACACACACAUUCACAAACAAGAAGAAGAACGCCUACGGGACAUUGAAAAUCAACGUAAUGCACUUAAAAAGAUUAUUGCUCUGGCAGAGGAGAACACUUUAACUACUUCAUGCAGGCUUCAAUCCCUGCCAGAUCCUCCAAUUGAUAGCAGAAUUUCUGCAGUAACUAAUACUGACUUAACACACAAAAUUACUGAUCUAAGAAUAGAAAAACUUCGAAAGCGCUUCGAAUCAGUUCCAAUAGGAGUUUUUGUGAUGUAUGAAUGCAAUGCCGGUUUCCACAUGAAAGGACCAGGAUAUGUCGAAUGCUUAGAUGGAGGGCAAUGGAGUUCCAUAGAUAGCUUCUGUGAGGGAGUACUCUGUGAACAAGCCCCAGUUCCCCCAAAUAUGCUUAUAGCAGAACGUUCAAAGGAUUCACGUCAUUAUUAUAACGAUGAAAUAGAAUUUAACUGUAUGGAAGGGUACACAAUGCAAGGUCAUCCAAUUAUUAAAUGUUUUGCUGAUGGACAAUGGUCUCCAGUAGUAGCACGAUGUACAAAAAUUUCUUGCGGCAAACCAACAAUCAGCAAUAGUGCUAAAAUUAUUGCAGGGAGUUCGUAUCUGUUCGGCGAACGACUGAAAAUACUCUGCGAAGAUAGACAUACUUUUGAAACAACUUGCCAGGCCAAUGGAAUAUGGCAUGAUAUUGAAAACUGCUAGAAUUACGCAAUGUACUGAAUAAAUCUUUUGCUUAAUAUAAUGUGUGCUUUUUUUUUCAAGUAAUAAUCUUUUCUGUUACUAUGUUCAAUGCUUAGAACUAUUCCAAUGCCACAUAAUUCAAAAUAAUUGUAUAGUUUGACAAUAAAAUUCCGA